AUUAUGGUGCCUGCGCUCCUUAUUCUUCUGAAGGCUACGACAUUACAAGCAGACUUACUUCCUGACAAAAAGUUUUUGCUUUUGCCACCUGUCAAUUUCACCAUUAAAGUUAUUGGAUUAGCUCAAGUUCUUUUAUGCUGGGACCCAAAUCCUGACCAAGAGCAAGGGAAUGCUAACCUGCAAUAUCACGUGAAAAUAAAUGCCCCCGAAGAAGACGAUUAUGAAACCAGGAAGACAAAAAGCAAGUGUGUGGCCCCACUUCAUCAAGGCUUUGCUGCCAGUGUGCAGACCAUCCUGUGGAACAACGGCUUCCUCAGAGCUAGCAGUUGGGUUUCUGCUGAACUUAAAACCCCACCAGGAUCUCCUGGAACCUCAGUUGUGAAUUUAACUUGCAUCACGAACACUGUUGCAUCUAAUCCUACACACUUAAGGCCAUACAAGGUUUCUCUUCGAUGCACCUGGCUUGCUGGCAAGGACGCCCCCGAGGACACGCACUACUUCCUUUACUAUAGGUAUGGCUCUUGGACUGAGGAAUGCCAAGAUUACAGUAAAGACACACUCAACAGGAAUACUGCAUGCUGGUUUCCCACGACGUUUAUCAAUGGCAAAGGGCUUGAGUGGCUUGCAGUGCAUGUUAAUGGUUCAAGCAGGCUUACUGCAAUCAAGCCCUUUGAUCAGCUGUUUGCUCUGCAUGCCAUUGAUCAAGUGAAUCCUCCAAUGAAUGUCACAGCUGAGACGGAAGGAACUCAUCUCUCUAUCCAGUGGGAAAAACCAGUGUCUGCCUUUCCAACCCAGUGCUUUGACUAUGAAGUGAGGAUUUAUAACACGAAGAAUGGUUAUGUUCAGGUGGAAAAAGUGACAACCAAUAAAUUUAUCUCAAACAUUGAUGGUAUUUCUAAGUACUCCAUUCAAGUGAGAGCAGCAGUGAGUUCUGCAUGCAGAGCAGCUGGGCGCUGGAGUGAGUGGAGCCAACUUAUUUAUGUGGGACAAGAGGAGCAGAGGCCCUUGGCAGAAUGGUUUCUCAUUGUACUCACAGCAACCAGUUGCUUCAUCUUGAUAACUUUCUCACUCAUCUGCAGGAUAUGUCACUUAUGGACCAAGCUGUUCCCACCUAUUCCAGCACCAAAAAGUAGCAUCAAGGAUCUCUUUGUGAUGACUGACUCUGGGAAAGCUGGCUCCACUGAAACAGAAGUUGAAGUUGUAAGUUAUGUGGAUGAGCCUGGAUUUGAGGUCUUGGAAAGUUCCACAUUCUGA